GUAGUAGAAUCCACAACGAAGACUCCUUCUCAACUCGCACCAGUCCCCACAAGUUUAAAGGGGGCGAUAAAAAUAAUUCUCAUCUCACGUCCUCUCUCAAGCACAACCCUUUCUCUCCCUAGAGUCCAGCGUGAAUGAUCCUCUCUUCUUCGUAUUUUCAUCAAAAACUGAAAAAGAAUGGAAACGAGGCUUCUCCUACUCUUCCUCUCUGUCACUGUUCUUCUCAUGGAUGCCGCCAAUGCUCAGAUGCCAGGUUUUGUAAGUUUCGACUGUGGUGGUAGUGAAAAUUUCACAGAUGACCUUGGUCUUUGGUGGACUUCUGAUGAUCAAUUGAUGUAUGGAGAAAUAGCAACUAUAUCUGUUGCAAAUGAGACACGAAAGCAAUAUACCACACUGAGGCAUUUCCCUGCUGACAACAGGAAGUAUUGCUACACACUUGAUGUUAUAAGCAGGACUAGGUACCUUGUAAGAGCGACUUUCUUGUAUGGUAAUUUUGACAACAACAAGGUUUAUCCAAAGUUUGAUAUUUCCCUUGGGGCUACUCCUUGGUCUACAAUUGUCAUUUCGGAUGCUUACACAAUAGAGUCCAGUGAGUUGAUAUUCCUGGCUUCAGAUCCUAGUAUUAGUGUGUGUUUAUCCAAUGCUACAACUGGGCAGCCAUUUAUCUCUACCCUUGAGCUCCGACAAUUCAAUGGUUCAAUUUACUAUACAGAAUAUGAAGAAGAUUUCUUUCUUAGCGUGUCUGCAAGAGUAAAUUUUGGUGCAGAUAGUGAAGCUCCAGUCAGGUAUCCAGAUGACCCAUUUGAUAGAAUAUGGGAGUCUGACUCCUUGAAGAAAGCAAAUUACUUGGUUGAUGUUGCUCCUGGCACUGAGAAAGUUUCCACCCAGAUGCCAAUUGAUGUCAAUAAAGAUAGCAGACCACCGGAAAAAGUGAUGCAGACAGCUGUUGUUGGGAGAAAUGGUACAUUAAGUUACCGAUUGAAUCUAGAUGGGUUUCCAGGUUUUGGAUGGGCAUUCACCUACCUUGCAGAAAUUGAAGAUUUGGGCCCAGAAGAAACAAGGAAAUUCAGGCUAAUACUCCCAAACAUGCCUGAUCUCAGCAAACCUGCUGUUAAUAUCCAAGAAAAUGCUCAAGGAAAGUAUCGUCUGUAUGAGCCAGGAUUCCCCAAUAUAUCUCUCCCCUUUGUAUUAUCUUUCAAGUUUGGAAAAACAUCUGAUUCUUCUCAGGGGCCACUUUUGAAUGCUAUGGAGAUAAAUAAAUAUCUGAAGAAACGUGAUGGUUGUCUAGAUGGAUCUGCUAUUGCUAGUAUAGUUUUACAGUACUCAUCAGAAGAUUGGGCAAAAGAAGGUGGUGAUCCAUGCUUGCCAGUUCCAUGGUCAUGGGUAGCAUGCAACUCUGAUCCACAACCAAGGAUAGUUUCAAUUCAUUUAUCUGGAAAGAAUUUGACAGGGAAUAUUCCCACAGAUUUGACAAAGCUGAGUGGCUUAGUAGAGCUAUGGCUUGAUGGCAAUGCACUGACUGGUCCAAUACCUGAUUUUACUGGAUUGAUAAACUUGAAGACCAUCCAUCUUGAGAACAAUCAGCUGUCUGGUGAGCUGCCAUCCUCUUUGGUGGACCUUCAGAGUCUAAAGGAACUGUAUGUGCAAAAUAAUAUGUUGUCUGGGAAAGUGCCAUCAGGUCUUCUCAAUGAGAACUUGGAUUUCAACUACUCAGGAAAUGAUAAUCUUCAUAAAGGGAGCACAGGAGGUAGACACAUUGGUAUUAUCAUUGGAUCCUCAGUUGGGGCUGUUGUUCUGCUUAUAGCUACCAUUGCAUCUUGCUUAUUUAUGCACAAAGGAAAGAAAAGAUACUAUGAACAGGACCAGCUUGGACAUGGACUACCUGCUCAAAGGAUAGUUUCUUCCUUGAAUGAUGCUGCCGCAGAAGCUGCAAAUUGCUUUAGUUUAUCUGAAAUUGAAGAUGCUACAAGGAAAUUUGAGAAGAAAAUUGGUUCUGGGGGUUUUGGAGUGGUAUAUUAUGGAAAAAUGAAAGAUGGAAAAGAAAUUGCAGUCAAAGUACUAAUCAAUAACUCCUAUCAGGGGAAUAGAGAAUUUUCAAAUGAGGUGACCCUUCUUUCAAGAAUCCAUCACAGAAACCUGGUACAGUUUCUUGGGUAUUGCCAAGAAGAAGGCAGAAGUAUGCUUGUUUAUGAGUUCAUGCAUAAUGGAACUCUGAAGGAACAUCUUUAUGGCCCCUUGACACGUGAGCGAGGUAUCAGUUGGAUCAAGCGCCUUGAGAUCGCUGAAGAUGCUGCUAAAGGAAUUGAGUACCUUCAUACAGGAUGUGUUCCAUCCAUCAUUCAUCGGGAUUUGAAAAGUAGCAAUAUUCUUCUUGACAAAUACAUGAAAGCAAAGGUUUCAGAUUUUGGUCUUUCAAAGCUAGCAGUAGAUGGAUCAUCCCAUGUAUCGAGUGUGGUUCGUGGCACUGUGGGGUAUCUGGAUCCUGAGUAUUAUAUUUCCCAGCAGUUAACGGACAAGAGUGAUGUUUAUAGUUUUGGCGUCAUCCUUCUUGAGCUGAUAUCUGGUCAAGAAGCAAUAUCUAAUGAAAGCUUUGGUGUUAACUGCCGUAACAUAGUCCAAUGGGCAAAGUUACACAUUGAAAGUGGGGAUAUUCAAGGUAUCAUUGAUCCUUCAUUACGUGAUGAAUAUGACAUCCAAUCAAUGUGGAAGAUAGCUGAGAAAGCUUUGAUGUGUGUCCAACCCCAUGGGAGUAUGAGGCCACCAAUCUCAGAAGUGAUAAAAGAAAUCCAAGAGGCAAUCUCAAUUGAGAGGGGAGCAGAAGCAGCAAGAGAAGGCAACUCAGAUGCAUCAAGGAAUUCUAUUCAUUCUUCCAUCAACAUGGGCAUUGAUGUGGGUCCAACUGAGAAUUACUUGUCAUUUGAUGAGUCUAUUGCAAGGCCAACUCCGCGAUAGUUCUUGUUUUUGCUACAUGGUAUGACUUAUGAGAGCUCCCAACUUCGUCUUAGUAUUCUUUUUUACAUGGUUGGGGGACUCCACAUUAUGGUGCCAAUUGUAGAUUAUAGAACCCGACAAGACGGUAACCACAAAUAUUCAUAGUUAUGAACUCGUAAGCUAUUUGCACAUGGGAUGGCAUAUUGGUUUAGCGUGUUUUAUUCUUUUUGUCGUUCGGUUAAUGAAGCUUUAUUUUUGAGAA